AUGCGCCGAGGUCGUCCAACAUCACAUACAAAAGCAAAAUGGAUUACAUACUCUAGUGAAGGAACUGAGAAGUACUAUGAGCUGGACGAGAAAGGCAGAAUUAUAAAGGAAGGUAGAAAUAUUUCUCCUCAUCAUACGUUACCAUUUGAACAACAGAAUAAAGUCAUAACAACUCCAAAACUUAUACGGGAAGAAAAAGAGUUCAUUCCUCGGGUUAUAUUACCAUUUUUCAAUAUGGUUACAUUCCAAAAAUUCCCAAAUCCAUUUAAAGAACCAAUCGUUAACGAUGUAAAUAAUGCAGAAAUGGAGCCUUCAUCACCAAUUUCUUUUGAGCAGAGCCAAAUCCUUGUUUGA